AUGCAGCGCGACGCUGGGAUCCUCCUCGCUCUCCUCUGCAGCCUUCUGGCUUCUCUGGCGGCUUUGGUCUCCACAGCCUGGCCUGAGCACGAGACCUACGAGGAGGAGCAGUCAGCGCUGGCGGACGUCAGACUGAGGGAGGAAGGAGACCCGAUUUGGCCGGUGGAUUGGUGGCAGUCCGACAAACAGCGUUGGCGUCGACCGCGGAGAACGCCGCCACCUCCACGAUCCAGACCGAUACGCAAUGAGCGCGGACCGCCGGCUUUCAGCCGAAGGCCUCCACCGCCGCCGCCGACGCUUCGUCCUCCCCCCGGUUACAGGCGACCCCCGGCCCCUCCGCCCUACAGGUAGCGGCGUGACCUCGCACGAAUUAGUCUCCUUGGAAAAUAAGCCCAAAAUGCACGGGGCACGGUGCCUCCCGCAACGUGCCGGCGGAAACGCGGCGACCCCGCAGGACGGCCCUCGAGCUCUCCCCAUUCGGGCUGGUGCACCCGCUGGUGCGACGGUAGCGGCAGGGGAAGAACGGCCCAGUCCCGUGGAACCGGCGGUGGUCGCGGUUUCCGCGGCGGCGGCGGUGGCGGCGGCGGCUACGGCGUCUGCGGUGGCUACGGCGGCCAGCGUCGCGAAGGAGGUGGCGACCGAUGGAAAACCCUAGCGGUUUCCGCAGCGGUGACGGUGGCUACGGCGGUGGCGGCGGCGGUGGCGGCGGCGGUGGCUACGGCAGCCAGCGUCGUGAAGGAGGCGGUGGCCGAUAG